AUGGGCAGAGAAGCAGCGAUUGAUCGUUUACCGUUAGACCUUUUGGCUUACAUAUUUUCGUUGGUUACUUCUUUCACCGAAUUGGCACAGGCAAGUGGGGUUUGUAAGAAAUGGAGAAAAGCUGUAAAUCAAUCCAUGGCGAGAAGAGAAUCUCUGAGUUUUGCUGGUUGGAAAAUGGACGAUGAUUCCACUUCUCGUCUUGUACAUCUUGCUUACAAUCUCAAAGAACUCGACAUAUCUCGAAGUAGAUGGGGUUGUCAUGUAACUGAUAAUGGUCUUUACCAAAUAGCUUCUGCAAGAUGUGUAGCUAAUUUGACUUCAAUCUCCUUAUGGGGCAUGACUGCCAUUACUGACUCUGGUGUAUCAAGAACUUCUUCAUUGCAACACCUCAACAUAGGAGGAACAUUCAUCACCGAUGAGUCUCUUUUCGCUAUCGCAGAACGUUGCCAUCAGCUUAAGACAAUCGGUAUGUGGUGUUGCCGUCAUGUGACAGAGAGAGGCCUUGUUGUGCUUGUAAACAAAUGCAGGAAACUCGAAUCGAUUAACUUAUGGGGAACUAGGGUUCCUGUGGAUUGCUUCAUUGCUUUACUUUCAAUCAGUCCUGCACUUCAGAUCAAACCCAUUCAAUUGCUGCUCAAUGCUCAGAAUCCACCACCAUUGUUGCAUGCUGUCUAG